AUGAGAAGACUGACACAUAAUCUCACCCCCCUGAGGAAUAUCGUCGAACACUUUAACUGCAAAACCUUCCUCAAACCAAUCUCAUCUCUCUCAAACCCCAAACCCGAAUCACGAGAACCCUCAUCGACCCAAGACCCGUAUUCACUCCUCAAGCAAGACCCGGUAGAGAUCUGCCUCUCCCUCUGGCUCAAAUCCUUCGCCUCUCCACCCUCCACCACUUUCUCAAACCUCACAGGCUUCCUCUCCAAAUUCGACUUAUGGAUCUUAGCCUACCAACGAACCUGCGCCCACGUCACCGGAACCUUCCCUCCCCGCAACGCCAUCCACUCCAACGCCCUCCGCUCCCUCCUCUCCCUCCAGCAAUCCGUCACGCGCUCCUCCGGCAAGUUCCGGUGGAACGACAAGAUGAAUCAGCUCGUGAGGAGCCCUAAGGAGAAAGGAGUCUCGAGUGCCGUGUCGAAAGGAGAGGUGAGGAGGAUCAUGGAGUCGGAAGAACCGAUUUUUCAGGACCGUGUGGUUCAUGAGGUUCUGUUGAUGGUGUUAGAGCCUUUCUUUGAAGCUAGGUUUUCGAGUAAGAGUCAUGGGUUUAGACCUGGGAGGAACCCACACACUGUUAUUAGAACUGUUAGGAGUAACUUCGCUGGCUACUUGUGGUUCAUUAAAGGUGAUGUUAGUGAGGUUUUGGACCGUGUUGAUGUUGAUGUUGUGAUGGGUUGUCUUCAGAAAGUUGUUAAAGAUAGGAAAGUUCUUGGCUUGAUUGAGUCUUCUUUGAGGAUGGGUGAUGAUAAGAGAGUGAUGAAUGUUGAGAAGAAUGGGAAUGAUAAGAGGAGGAUUGAACGCGAGAAGAGGAUGAGGACGAAGAAGAAGAUAUUGAAUGAGGAUGAGCCAAAGCCUGAUCCGUAUUGGCUCAGGACUUUCUAUAGUUUUGCUCCUAAGGAAGCUGCGAAGGUGCCUUCUUAUGGGUAUAGUGGGAUUUUGAGUCCUUUGCUUGCUAAUGUAUGUCUUGAUGAGCUUGAUCGGUUUAUGGAGACGAAGAUAGUUGAGUAUUUUAGACCUUGUAAAGAUGAUUCUAUAUGGAAGGAGUCUAUUGAAGAUGGUUGUCAUAACCCGGCGUGGCCUGAGUUUGUUCCCUCGAGUGGGAAGGAGAAGACUAGGAAGAUGGAUUACAUUAGGCAUGGUGGAUAUUUCCUGAUUGGGAUUAGAGGGCCUAGGGAGGAUGCAGUGAACAUGCGGAAGGAAGUCAUUGAGUUUUGUGAUAGAGCUUUUGGUUUGAGAUUAGAUAAUUCUAAGUUAGAGAUUGAACAUAUCAGCAGGGGGAUUCAGUUUCUUGACCACAUAAUCUGCCGUAGAGUUAUUUAUCCUACUCUGCGUUACACUGGAAGUGGAGGCAGCGUUGUGAGCAAGAAGGGUGUUGGAACGUUGCUUUCUGUGUCUGCUAGUUUAGAGCAAUGUAUCCGGAAAUUUAGGCGGCUUGCUUUCGUUAAAGGAGACAAAGAUCCUGAGCCUUUACCUUGUAACCCAAUGCUUUAUUCAAGCCAGUCUCAUAGUAACUCUCAGAUGAAUAAGUUUCUUGAAACGAUGGCUGAUUGGUACAAAUAUGCAGACAACCGGAAGAAGGCUGUUGGGUUCUGUGCUUAUGUAAUUAGAAGCUCUUUGGCUAAACUAUACGCUGCAAGGUAUAGGCUUAAAUCUCGUGCCAAAGUGUACAGCAUAGCCACACGAGAUCUUAGCCGGCCAUUAAGUGAGAGCAGUAAUAAUUCUGCACCUGAAUACUCUGAUCUUCUGAGGAUGGGACUAGUAGAUGCUAUAGAUGGAGUUCAGUUCUCUCGCAUGUCUUUGAUUCCGUCUUGUGAUUAUACUCCGUUCCCUAGGAACUGGGUCCCAAAUCAUGAGCAAGUUUUGCAGGAGUACAUCAAGCUACAAGACCCUAAAUUCUUCUGUGAGUUGCAUAGGUCGAUAAAACGCAAGGGUCUAACCUUGCCUCAGGAUGAGAUCUCAGAGGCUGUGUGGGAUUUUAAGACUCUUGGUGCUUGGAAUUCAAAGUGUGAGAGUAAAAGAGAAGCAGAUGAUGGGUUGGAGAAACUUGACUCACCACCAUGAUUAUUUACCAUGGCUUUGGUACAAGGAUCUUUGACACAUCAGAAACAGGCUAAGAUAUAGAGAACAUCACAUGCAUCUUCUGUCACAUUUAGCCACUAAAUCGAUUCUUAUAUGUUGAUGAAGCUCACUGUUAUACUUCAAAGCAUGGACUUCAGAACUUGGUUCGUUUACAGUUUAUUAUCCAUAACAGUUCUCAACAACAGCAGUUAGUACCCAGCUUCUGUCAUAUCCUUCAGUGGCAACUAUCCUGUUGGUAGAUUGAUGAGUGCAAGAACCUCCUUGGCUUUGUCCAGACAAAAAGAUGGCUCAGUAUAGCUCUCUAUAUCAUCACCCUCGUCUAUUACCAUUCUCUCUGAACGCCAUUACAGAUAACUCACUUUGUUCUUGUUCUCGAAUGCUUAUAUUCGUUCGACUUUUGGCUUCUCCUCUAUAUAGUAAAAGAUCAAUAUGGUUAUGUGGGUUUUAUGACGUGUUUUAGAACGUAAGAUGGAACAGAUACUGUGUGAUGGGAAUUCAGGCCCCUUUUUGGCAGCAUCAUAACCCUUUGAUUAAGUGAGUUUAUUUUCUUGGUUAACUUAUUUGAUAUGAUCUUUUUGUGACAAAAAAAAAGUCUCACAUAAUUUUCAGUGUUUCCUCUAAUAACUUCCAUUUUGAAGCCUAUUCAAAGUGUUCCCCUAUUGUAUACCUGGAAUUGUUUGUGUAAACAAGAUGUUGUUUACUUCGUCAUAUGAGUUUUAUUUUUGUAAUAAUUGCAUUAUACUGGAUCAC